AUGUUUUUUUUUAUUUAUUUAUUUCUCUAUCUUUCUUCCUUUCUUUCUCUCACUUUCUUUCUUUCUUUCUUCCUUUCUCCUUGUCUUUCUUUCUAUUCCUUCCCUCGCUUUCUUUCCUCCUUUGUAUCUCUCUUUCUUUAUUUCUCUCUUCCUUUCUAUUUCUCUUUCUUUCACUUUCUUUCCUUCUUUUUUCUCGCUCUUUUUCUUUCUUUCUUUCACUCUCUUCUCAUUUUUCACCAUCCUUUCCGCUCGUUCUUUUUCUUUCUCUUUCACUUUCUCCCUCUCUUUCUCCCUGUCUCUGUUCGGGUUGAAGGGCUCUCCCUUCUCCGCAAUUGCUUCUCUGUUUUGAGUAGCUCUCUUUUUCCCUCCCCUUUCCUUUCUAUUGUUGAGGUUCGCACACUCCUCUCUCUCUCUCUCUCUCUCUUUCUCUGUUGUGAUUCACAGGCUCUCUUUCUCUUUCUCUCUGAUAAGGUUGAGGUACCCUCUUCCUCUUUGUUUCUUUCUUUGUCUGUCAUUUUCUCUCUUGUGAUUGAGGAUCUCUCCUUCCCCCUCUCUCUGUCGUGGGCCUGUCUCUCUCUCCCUUUCUCUUUCUCUCCUCUUUCUCUCACUCUUUCUCUAUGUUCUGGUUGA